UUGUUUCGGUUUUGAAACAAAAAAAAAAAAAAAACCUCUGCAAAAAUGAAUUUAACAAUGGACGAAGCAAAAUUAAAGGAGCUAAAGGAGUUCAUUGAUCAGUGCAAAGCUAAUCCUUCCAUUCUAAGCGACCCUUCACUCUCCUUCUUCCGUGACUAUCUCCAAAGUCUCGGAGCAAAUCUCCCAUCUUCAGCUUGCGGCCAUGAAGCUGGAGACUCCAAAUCGAGUUAUGUGAUGGAGGAGAGUGACGAGGAAGUGGCAGACGAUGGAGAGAAAAUUAAUUUAGAGGAGGAAGAAGAAGAGAUUAUUGAAUCUGAUAUCGAGCUUGAAGGCGAUGUCGUUGAGCCUGAUAAUGAUCCUCCUCAGAAGAUGGGAGACUCUUCAGUGGAGGUUAACGAUGAGAACCGCGAUGCUGCGCAGUUGGCUAAAGCCAAAGCCAUGGAUGCUAUUUCUGAAGGGAAGUUAGAGGAAGCUAUAGAGAAUCUGACACAGGCGAUUUUGCUGAAUCCAACAUCGGCAAUCAUGUAUGGAACCCGAGCUAGUGUUUAUAUCAAGAUGAAAAAGCCAAAUGCUGCCAUUCGAGAUGCCAAUGCGGCUUUGGAGAUUAACCCAGAUUCUGCUAAGGGCUACAAGUCUCGGGGCAUUGCACGAGCAAUGCUUGGUCAAUGGGAAGAUGCCGCCAAGGAUCUACGCUUGGCAUCAAAGUUGGAUCACGAUGAGGAAAUAAACAGCGCCCUUAAGAAGGUUGAACCUAAUGCACACCGCAUUGAGGAGCACCGUAGGAAGUAUGAUAGACUGCGUAAAGAGAAAGAAGAUAGAAUUAUUGAACGUGAGAGACGGCAUCGUCGUGCUCAAGCUCAAGCUGAAUAUGAGAAAGCAAAGAAGCAGGAGCAAUCAUCCUCCAGUACAAAACCUAGUGAGAUGCCUGGUGGGUUUCCAGGUGGAAUGCCUGGAGGAAUGCCAGGUGGUUUCCCUGGUAGUAUGCCGGGUGGGAUGCCUGGAAACGUUGAUUUCAGUAAAAUAUUGAAUGAUCCUGAAUUAAUGGCAGCAUUUAGUGAUCCAGAAGUCAUGGCUGCUCUUCAAGACGUGAUGAAGAAUCCUGCUAAUCUUGCAAAGCAUCAAGCAAAUCCCAAAGUCGCACCUGUAAUUGCAAAUAUGAUGAGUAAAUUUGGCGGACCCAAGUAAAAUAGUUCCUUAGUAAUUUGAUUUCGUUUGUGUUGUAAAUAUAAAAUACUCAUCUUUGUGUUCAUUCCAAGGAAACAAGUAAAAAUUAUAGUCAGUGUUAGGAACUGGUUUAUAGGUUUGCAGGAUUUUUCUCUUUCGGAGUAAGAGUGUUUUGUUUUUUUUUCCAACCUUUUUAUCUUUUUAAAAUUACAUUUUAAAAUAAAUUAUCUAUUCCUUACGUCA